AUGACAAUCGAUAGGCCUUGGUUGCAGUCAUUGACCUGCCAUACCAGUCAUACCAUUGCCAGGUUGACCCGUUCUGGACUGACGAAAUCAACUUCAAAGGUGCACAUAGCUCAUCGUUUCUUUGACAGAGACGAACGAGUUUUCAUUGCCUUAUUUCUUCUUCCUUUGGAUACUUGCAGAUUAGUCAUUAUCCAUAAAUACAAGAUGACCGAUACUGAUGUCUUGCCGUUCAAAGCAGAAUAUGCAAAAUCGAAACGUUCACUUUGUAAUGCGUGUAAAAAAAAUAUUGGUAAAAAUUCUUUAAGGAUAGCAGCUAUGCUUUCUUCUUGGUAUGUUGACGAUGCGAAGGUAGCAAAAUGGUAUCAUUACAGCUGUUUUUUCAGAAAAAAGAAUAUUUCCAACGAGGGCGAUAUUGAUGGCUUUAAUUCCUUGCGGCCAGAAGAUCAAGAGAAAAUUAGAAAUCGAAUUGAUCCCACAACUCAAAAUCAGGGAUAUUCGAAAACGUCCACCUCUUCAGCGCAGGCUCACGAAAUUCCUUCAGAAGGAUCAUCGAAUUCAGCGAUAAAUAAAGAAGAUACAGGAAAAAGAAAAAGCAAAGACAUAGAUACAGACAUAGCGAAUAAAAGAGGCAAAAGUGACGAGAAUAUGGCCAAAAUAAUGAAAUUAAGGGAGCAAACUGUAGGGUUAUGGAGUAUAUAUGACAACCUGAGAAAAGAAUGUAAUAAUCAAAUGUUGAAGGAUCUACUAAUAUAUAAUAAUCAAAAAUUGGUAGCCGAUACUAGGGGAUUUCAUUUAGUUGUUGAUGGUAUGGCAUUUGGUGCAUUAAACCCUUGUAAAGAGUGCAGUGGCAUAUUGUUUUUUAGAAGAGAAUAUAGAAGUGUAGUGCGUGAAAGAGUUUUCAUGUCGACCUCCCCUGCAAAUUCUGAUGAAAUACAGUCAGGAAGAACAACUGAAAAUAAAACCACUUCAAACGAAUCUGUUGCUGUUGAUUAUCGAUCAGGUCUGCUAGAUACACAUCACGUCAUUAAGGAGCCAGAUGGUUCAGUUUAUAGCGUAAAUCUAGAAAACGGAUACAGACAUCAUAGUUAUUGUAAAAUACAAGCAUUGCAGAGUAACACCACGAACCUGUGCUGUAUUUUUCAUGCAUGGGGUGACGUCAACAGUAAGAAAGGAGAAACCAGUGUCGAAACUGGGUAUUCAAAAGAAGAAGCCAUGCUAAUAUUUGAUCAAAUGUAUUUCGAGAAAACCGGUAAUGGAUUUGGAAAAGAAAAGAAAUUUGUUAAGAUGGCUCGAAAAUUUUAUCCUGUCUAUCUAGACGUCGAAAAAGUUGACCUGGAGGCAAUCAAACUUGCUGAUCUAUCUGAGAACCAAAUUAAUGACGCUUCUCAAUGUCUAUCUAUGUUGCAAAAUCUUAUAUCAAAACGCAAGAAUAAAAAAGAAAUUUUGGAGCAAGUGAAUAGAUUUUAUGCCGUAAUUCCCCAUAAUUUCGGAAUAGAUGACCCAGAAACAAUAAACAAUUUAUAUGAACUAGAGGAUAAAGAAUUCAUGCUAGACGAUCUCAUGGAUAUCAUUACUAGUUAUGACAUAAUUAGAAGAGCAAAUAGUGAUGGCCAAAAUCCUAUGGAUACAUUGUAUAAGUCCUUAAAGACCGAAAUUACGUAUCUUUAUAGCAAUAGUGAAGAAUUUGGCAUGGUAAAGAAUUAUGCUGAAAAUAGCCAUUUGUCAAUUCAUAAUUAUUUCUGGUUAACUGUUGAAGAGGUAUUUAAAGUUGAAAGAUAUGGAGAAGAUAAACAGUAUCAGCACUUUUCAAAUUUCAAUAAUCGGAUGUUGCUCUGGUAUCAAACUCGAUUUACUAGCUAUGCUAGUAUGUUAUCUAAGGGCGUUCGUUUUACACCUCCUAAAACGUGUUUAGAUAGGAGUUACAUCUACGGUAAAGGGGUGUACUUCACUGGUCCGGGCGAAUUUAUACCGAACCCAUCAGAAAAAUUUACUCUCGAGAAUGGCACUGUUGUACCUUUAGGAAAAAUGACAAAAGACAAUAAUGGAUCGGAGUUGCAGCGAUUUUGUUGCUUAAGACUUCUACUUGUAAAAUUACAAAACAAUAAAUAUUUCGCAAUGUAUUCAUGUCAUAAUGAAGUGCACGCUAUACAGAAACGCCAAAAAUGCGUAGCUUUAGCAAUAUCCGUUUUAAGUGCUUGCACACAUGUUUUUUUGGAAAAGCCGACGCUAAUUACCAAUAGCACUUGUUAG